AUGUAUCUACCCCUGCAAGCACAACAGAAUACACUUCAGGAGAACUGUCAGCACCAGCAGCCCAGACAACUCAGUUCUCAAUCAGAUGUAUCUACCCCUGCAAGCACAACAGAAUACACAACAGGAAAACCUUCAGAAGCACCAGUCCAGACGACUCAGGUAUCACCAAGUUCCACCCACAGAGAUGACACCUUUGCUUCAUUUUCAACAACUGGAUUCAGCUCAAAUUCAGUGUCCCCACAAGCAACUGGAAGUGACACAGAGUCAACUCAAGAAACAAGAAGCCCAAUAGAAACAAUUGUGACAAUCUCUACAACAGAAGAAUCCUCACAGACCGUUGCAUUCUCCUCAACAGAACAAUCACUUUCAUCAGCAUCUGCUCUUAUAACAUUAAAAACCUCAACACCUGUGACAUCCCUUAGUUCUGAAUCAGAUGUAUCUACCCCUGCAAGCACAACAGAAUACACUUCAGGAGAACUGUCGGCAGCACCAGUCCAGACAACUCAGGUAUCGGCAAGUUCCACCCACAUAGAUCACACCUUUGCUUCAUUUUCAACACCUGGAUUCAGCUCAAAUUCAGUGUCCCCACAAGCAACUGGAAGUGACACAGAGUCAACUCAAGCAACAAGAAGCCCAAUAGAAACAAUUAUGACAAUCUCUACAACAGAAGAAUCCUCACAGACCGUUGCAUUCUCCUCAACAGAACAAUCACUUUCAUCAGCAUCUCCACCUUUCAACAUCAAAGACAUCAACACCUGUUACAUCCUUAGUUCUGAAUCAGAUGUAUCUACCCCUGCAAGCACAACAGAAUACACUUCAGGAGAACUUUCUGAAUCAGAUGUAUCUACCACUGCAAGCACAACAGAACACAGAUCAGGAGAACCUUCAGAAGCACCAAUCCAGACGACUCAAGUAUCACCAAGUUCCACCCACAGAGAUGACACCUUUGCUUCAUUUUCAACAACUGGAUUCAGCUCAAAUUCAGUGUCCCCACAAGCAACUGGAAGUGACACAGAGUCAACUCAAGCAACAAGAAGCCCAGUAGAAACAAUUGUGACAAUCUCUACAACAGAAGAAUCCACACAGACCGUUGCAUUCUCCUCAACAGAAGAAUCACUUUCAUCACCAUCCACCCUUUCAACAUCAAAGACUUCAACACCUGUGACAUCCCUUAGUUCUGAAUCAGAUGUAUCUACCACUGCAGUAAUGUCUUCCACAUCUCAGGCCUCCCAGUCUUCUACCAUAAAGACAUCAUCAUCAUUGCCCAGAUCUACUACUGAAGCCAUGAUAUCUCCUCAGACCAACACUACUAAACAGGUUCUUUUAACAAAUCAGCCAUCCACUGAAUUUACAAAUCAGUCUUCAAAUUCCCCUAAUUCUUUUACCACACGUUUCUCCACCCUCAAAGAAUCUACAACAUCCCUUUCUACCAGUUCACAUUCUUCCAUAAUACCAAGUGAAUCUGCUCUAACAACAAAGAUCACCACUGUCACUGUACAGAGCUGUAAAGACACAGACUGCCAGUGCAACGGUGCUCCAUGUUUUCUGAAUGUGACCUCUGGACGUUGUGAAUGUAAAUGCAGUAAUUUCACAUAUGGAGAUUCCUGUGAGUUGGCAGUUAACACCACAACUGUUAUAUUCUCUGAGAACAGACCUACCAGGAAUGCAAAUAUCAUUCUGAGAAUUGUGAAAGAUUAUAAUCCUGACUUUGAAAAUUUGAACUCUCAGGCAUCCAAAAACUUGAUAGCAAUCUUAACACAUGAGCUUUCAGUUAUUUUCAAAAGAGUAGACCCACAAAACUUCAAGGAUGUAGUUAUUGUUAGUUUAACGCAAGGCAGCAUCAUUGUCAACAGCACUGCACAAUUCAACUAUCCCAACAAUCAAUCACAAAUCGAUUCUCUCAACAACAAUCUAGGACCCUCACUGAAGACAAUCUUUAAUAACUCUGAUUUGCUUAAGAAUCUAAGUGAAGCAUUUGGAGGAGAUGUUUUGGUUACAGAAAUUACUAUGCAAACAGUUGUAAUAGCAAAUGUUUCUCAAUUAAGACCAUUCUUGAACUGCAGUUUGGAUUUUGGCAACUUUACAAUGAUGAUUGAAGAAGGCUCCUGGAUAUGUGAGGGUCCAUGCAAAAGUAACCCCAGCUACUGCAAUGGUAAUGGGGAAUGCCUAAAUGAAAUAAGUGGGCCAAUGUGCAUAUGCAAUAAGAAUUAUGUUGAAGAAUACUAUGGGCCACAGUGUGAACUUUACCGCAGAGCUGCAGGGUUUUAUGCGGCACUUUUUGGGAGUUUAGCAGGUGCCAUAAUGCUUCUUAUCAUUUUGACAACAAUGAUUUUGGUUCUGCGUAAACGGCAUACUGGAAAGUGGUCAAUGAACAGCAAGUCUGACUUGAAGAGGUUGUCGUUGUUUGAUGAUGAUUUCUUUGACUUCAGAGACAGAGGUCGUUCUGGAACGUACAGCCUACAUGAAAAUGACAAUGUGGCUGAGGAGGCAUUUGUUGGAAUUUUCAAGCCACGUCUUGAGAAUGUUGACACAACAGUAGAUUUGACUACAAAUCGCCCACAAGCUAAGCCAUAAUUUUUGGGACCGGGGGUUUUGUUGUCAUAAUCACAUAAGUCUUUGUUGGAGUGUCAUUGUUUCAAAUUAUUUAUUUUUGUGGAAACGUGGAGUAAGACGUCUGUCAAAUGAAAAGAUUGGACGAAUUGACAUGCUGCCACAUUAGACUGUUUACAGUAUUAUAUGUUACUGUUUUUGCUCCAUAACUGAUAAUGACUGUGAUGUAUGCCAUUAAACAGUAACUUGGGCAGGUUUAGAAAUCCAAGACUUUGUAAUUUCAGCAUUGUAAUUAAUUUAUUUGCACAGUGAAAAUAUGCCACACUAUAUGUCCAGACACAUCUUCAAAUUAAAGAACAUAUUCUAAUUAAAGCUAUUUAAUUAUUUAAUAAUUUAAUUGCUGACACAGAUAUUCAAUUGCACACACAAAGCUUGUAUAAUCUCCAUAGGAAAGCAAUGAAAUUAGAUGCUCUGGAGCAGCCAAAAACGAGUCUGCAAAGCUCCCCUGCACUGGGCUGAGGAGCAGUAGAACAGUGUUCUCUGCAAUGAAGGAGCACCACCACUCAACCUCUGGGACGAGCUGGAUUGGCAUUUGAGAUCCAGAACUAAUCAUCCAACAUCAGUACCUGAUGCUCCCAAGGCUGAAUGCGAUCAAAUGCUCACAGCAAUAUUCCAGUGUCUACUGUCAAGCCUUCCCAGAAGAUCAGAGGCUGUUGUUGCACCAAAGAUGAGAAAAACCCUUUAUUAAUACCCUUAAUUUCUGCCAGAGGGUUGUAACAUUAGCACAUAAGUUGCCUAUCAAAUGACUGGAAGAACAUGACAUUGCUGACCAUAAAUAAAGAAAUUGAG